CAGGGCUGAAUCAAUCUUGACUGAGGAAAACAAAAAAUCACGUUAGUUUAUCAUGUAAACGUGAACUAUCACAGACGUUAAAUCGGGUAGAUUUUGUCUCUGAAAACGUGAAUGAAGUGUUAAUCUCUUAUUUCCUGAUUUGUGCGUGAAUUUAUGAUUAAAUCUCCUGGAUCUAUCAGAUUCUCUUCGGCUACUGUAAGUUAAACUGUUUCUUGAAUAAUGCAAUCGCAUUUUUCCAGCUGGUGGAUCCCGAACGCAAGUUUGGACAGGUAAUUUGCGCGCGCGCACGCCCUUGUCUGAGCACAACAGGUAUCAGAAUCAGGAAGCGCCUGACUUUGUCGUCAAACUCAAUCCACCAUGCACGAUUUAAGGAUUUAAAAUCAAACAACGAUUUAAAAACACACACACACACACACACACACACACAUACACAUUACUUUGGAAAGUUCCGGAACCUCUGAAGGAGAACGAUGGGCUCGUGCGUGUUUCCAGUGUUCAUUGGAUUGAUUUUACUGCAGAUUCACAAACUCUCAGAAUGUUAUCAAAUAGAUGUGACCGCUGACUCUGGCACUAUCGUAAUCUUCAGCAAGAAGCCAGGACAUGGUCUGAACUGUAGCAUGUGUAAGGAUGAAGGUCCAUCUCAGACCUGUAACUCCAACCUCAGACUUACUGAAGCUCAGCCCACCACCGUGACUUUCAACUGCUCUCAGCCGGGGGACGUCUUUAAUGUGGAGAUCAACCAAGAAAUCGAUUGCUUAACAACAGACUGCAGCAUCAUUGCAGUGCAUCCGGAUUCGACACGAUUCCUGGAGUUCACCAGAACCUUCACCUGGGAUCUGAAGGUUCAGCCAGGCAAGGUGUUCCAGCUGGACUUCCCAUCUCCAGGAAUGAGACAGAUCAAGCCUUCAGAAUCUUGUCCAGACAAACACACCUACACCAUCACCGUAUACCAGCGCACAGGACCGGCCAACAUCGGCUCGUUCUGUCGGAAUGGUACCAUCAGCCGUAUCCAGGUCUUGUAUAGAGGUCGAGUGACUCUGGAGGUUCCCAGAGGUACAGACCUGAACCCAUCUGACUUCAAAGUGUCCAUGGGACCAACAGCAACAGGAGUAGUUGAGAUGGAUGUCAGGCUGCCCAGAGGACCGUUUUCUGUUGAUUUCUUUACUCCAAACUAUGCCAAAGGCUACUACGAUGAACAAAAAAUGAAGUGGAACUUUGCUGUUAAGCCUAUGCACAAUUUUACUGUUCAAUUUCAACAUUACACUCCACCAGAAUGCCAAAACAAAAAGGUUGUGUGUGAUUAUGCACUGGGUGACAAGACUUCAUUCACAGUGGCCCCAACAGACACUCAGCCGGCUAAUAAACAGGGAGAUUUCAGCCUGACUCUGACCACCUGUGAUGUAAAGUCUGUGGCAAAUGUUUCUGGGCUUUCCUUGAAUUUCAACGUGGAGGUGUUCAGGAGUGGGACUCCAUAUCUUUGGACUGUGGAUCUCUGGAACAAGGAGGGAUUGAGUCUGCAAAUAGAAAAUAAAAACCCAGAGUCGUACUGUGAAAUGAGCUUGAACUCUGUGACGCAGGAGAAAAUAGUGGUUCCUGCGGGCACCAAAGCUGACCUGUCCUUCCUCGACUGCCCCAUGCAGGAUCUGCAGCUGACAGCCACCAAAGUCAUAGACUGUCCCAGUGUGUCUGCCCGUGAUCUGACCAUUCCCACUCUGGACCCUAGCCUUCCUCUUCCCCUCCAUCAGUUCACCUGGCUGCUCCGUUUGCAGGAUCAAGGCACCGUGGAUCUCAUGUCUCCAAAGGGAAGCAAACUGCACCAGUCUCUGCCAGACAAGCAGUGUAACGAGAGAGUCUCGCUGCUGAUAUCUGAGACUGAGGGCUCCAGCAUUGGCCAGUUUUGCUCUGUAGCUGAAGGCACUAUCCAAAAAAUCCAAAUCAAAGGAAACGUUUCCAUCACCGUAACUCCUAAAAACAUAAAAGACCUGAGCCAGGAAAAAGAACCUUUCUUACAAUUUGGCAUUAGUCCAGAGAUCAUGGAAAAUGUAAUCUACACUGUAUCUCCACUCAUUUCGGGACCCAUGUACCUUGCAACACCAAACUGGCCCGACAGCAUGAAUCCUUCCUCAUCCGCCUCAUGGAUCGUCUACAUUCCCCAAGAUUACAUGGCCGAGCUGUUGUUCUCCAACGUCAGCAAGCCCAAAUGUGACUCAGGCCACACCGAGGUCUCGAUUGGACCGCUGGACUCUCAAGGCCAAACGCAGUCCUGGAGAGAAGAUCAGAGUUUCCCCAGUCCCUUUGUCCAACAGCAGAGCUUCUACCUGAACAUGUCCAACUGUGAGCCCAAGAGCGACCGCUUCGCUGUGCUCUCAAAGAUCAGUCUGCAGAAGGAAACCAAGAAGUUGCUGGGCAUUAUCUUGGCUAUAGUCGGAGUGCUGCUGUUGUUGAUAAUCGUCACACUUAUAGUCGUGUGCGUCAUUCGAAAAAGGAAAAACAAACCCAAGACCAACAGGUCCUCCAUCUAUAUGCCCAGAGGGAAACCUGUCCUCCCGGGUAAUGCCGGCUUCCCAAAGUCCAGAACAGACAAUGAGUCCCACGUCUACGCCUCUAUCGAUGACCCCACAAUGUACAGACACUCGGACAAGAACCAACCUGCAGAGGUUGACAACGGAGCCUGGAGCAAUGGACAUCAGGUGGACGCAUACCAUCCGUUCAUGGGCCCCACGGACUCCGUCCCGGCAGCUACUGAUUCAUCUGCUGAAUAUGCGCUGGACAGAAGAGAAGGAGAUGCAUUUCAGCCUUUCCUAAACCCACCCAACACCUUUAACCUGCCGAGGCCUCGCUCGCCGCUCGUAUCGCAGGGAAGCUUAGGAUUCGAAGAUCGUAGGAUGAUGGAUAACGCGCUGAACACUUUCAAGAGUGUCGGGGAUAUAAAUCCCAUUCGUCUGUCUGCUGAUGAGUCCAGACUACAACCGCAAAUGGAUUCAGACUCGGAUACUCAUACUGAGCCAGAAUAUGAGGAGGCCAUGUGAGGAUGAGGAUAUGAUUAUGUGCCUGCUCGCCAAAAACUGUCAAAUUUUAUUGGGAGAGCAGAAAAGCCAUUGGCUGCAAGCCUGUGCAUGUGCGCAUACAAAGACAAUGUUUUUAUGUACAGCUUUGAACUAAUGGAAAAAGGCCACUCUCUCUCUCGCCGCCCUAGUGGUCGUGUGUGUAUCUUGCAUGUAUAUUUUAUUAAAAAUUCAGUUUUAAAGGUUUUUAUUGGGCUUGUAGCCUGAAUGUACAGAAUUAACGCUCUUGUCGGAGCCGUUUGAGAGCCGAACCCCUGGUGGAAGUGUGCCGUGACUUUUCUCUAUUGGAUAUUUUUUGUUUUAGCAGUGAAUGUCUCCAGGUUACAGGUUUCGUAUGUGUUUAUUCAUUUCUGUAUGUUUACUUCAUUCAUUCCUAAAAUAAAUUCUCAGGUAUUUUAAUAGAUGUUCCACUCUGUUCAGAAUGAUAAUCAGAUGCAGAGUUUUCACAUUUUCUGCAAUGGAUUUGAAGAAAUAUCAGCAGAACUCUCUGGAAUAGAUGUUAAAAUGCAUUUAACAUGGUAAAAUUAGGGAUGUCAUGCUCAGUAAACAAUAAAUAGCUGAUAUUAAAGUACUCCAUUUUGUCUAAAAAAACUAAACAAAACAAAAACUACAAAUCAUUUAUUACGUGCUAAAACCCAAGCUAAGUAUCACAGCAUUAUAUAAAGCACUGUAUGAAAAAUGUAUAUUUGAGACUACAUUUGACUGCAUUUAUGAUAGAUGAUCGUAAAGACAUUUAAAUGUACAAAUGAGAAUAAUAAAUAAUGAUAAAUCUUUCUUAUCAACCAAUAACCAAUAUCACGCAAAAAUGUAGGUAAAAUGUGAUAAAUGGAGCUGGCAAAUUAAAACUCAAUGGCAAGUGAAAGGCAAAUUAGUCAAAAUAUUUAAUGAAUAUGUAAUAAGCAUCUCAAUUCUGCGGAAAUCUGCAGAAUACAGGCAUAUAUUUGAUAUACUUUGAGAUAAAAAUAUCUGUUCAGGUUGUCUCAGGCUAGACAUUUAGUUUGUUAGAAAAUAAACAAGUAACAAAGCUAGCAAUCUGAAAUAAUCAUCGUUCAACUGCAUUUUAUCAGGUACCCAGAUUUCAAUAGUCUUAAAGGAAUAUUCUCCCAAAAAAAUGAAAAACUGCUGAAAACUUACUCGCACUCAAGCCAUUCAAGAUAUAGAUGAGUUUGUUCAUCAGAACAGAUUUAGAGAACUUUACCAUCACUUGCUCACCAAUGGCUCCUCUGCAGAGAAUCCAAACAGCUGAUAAAAACGUCAGAAUAAUCCACGCCACUCCUGUCCAUCAAUUACUGAUGAAAAAAGUUGUGUAUUUGUAAGAAAUAAUUUCAUCAAUAAAAUGUCAAUUUCAAA